CUCUCUCUUCUCUCCCGUCCCGCUCUCUUGUGCCCAGGCCGGGGCAACAGCCUCCGCCGCCGGUAGUCGAAAUGGAGCCUAUCAAGGUCCUCGGCCCUCAAAACCCAUAACACUUUCUCUCUUCUCUUUCCCGAGCCCCCUAUCUCUGGUUUCCCUCUCAGCUGCGUGGCGCCGCUACUCCGCCCAUCCGGGCCAGCUCCGGCCCUCCCCUCCAGGUCCUAUUGAACAGCACCACGGGAUUUCUCAGUCUCAAAAUACUCUUCUCUUCUCUUCUUUCUUUGCUAGUUCAAUCGCUACACCACAUCUUAUCAGAUUUGGAAUGAUCUGUUUAAGUUAUAAAACUUGGCCAACUGCAAAAGAUUUUAUACAAGUGGAAAUUGUGGUUGAAAAAAACUCACAGAAGAUCAUCCUCAUUAGAAAGGAUGGUAAGGCGUUACAAAUAUUAGCAACAGCUGUGCGGCUUGACAUGGAGAAUUUCUUACAGAAGAAAGUUUAUCUUGAGGUUGAAGUUAAAGUGAAAGAAAAUUGGAGGCAAGAUGAAGAGCUAUUGAAGUACUAUGACUAUGGAGGACAAAUAAACCAUUAUGAUGAUGAGAAGAGUUGAUCAACAGAGAUAACAACAACAACAACAGCAGCAGCUACCUCAUCCUUUUUGAGAUUGUAAUUUACGUAUUUAUAAUACAGGAGUUAGAAGCAAAGGAAAAGUGGCAAUGCUUAAAUUCAAUUCAAGAAUUCUGAAUUUCCGUUAUAGUGUCAAUCGUCAACUCAAGCAUAUAGAAAUCAAGUAUUUCAGUAGCUAUAUCAUUGAUGGUGUAAGUUCUACUCAUUCUGCAUUUGAUUCGAAUAGGCUUUUAAAUGAGCUGUCCAAAUCUGGUCGAGUUGAUGAAGCUCACCAACUGUUCAACAAAAUGCUCAUUCGAGAUGAAUUUACUUGGAAUACAAUGAUAGCUGCUUAUUCCAAUUCAGGAAGAUUUUCUGAUGCAAGACAACUUUUUGAGGACACCCCAACGAAAAGUCCCAUCACUUGGUCAUCCUUGCUGUCUGGGUAUUGUCGCAAUGAAUGUGAAAUUGAAGCUUUUGAACUAUUUUGGCACAUGCAGCUAGAGGGCCAAAUGCCUAGCCAGUUCACGUUGGGCAGUGUCCUAAGGUUGUGUUCAACAUUGGGUUUACUUCAAAGAGGUGAACAGAUUCAUGGAUAUACAAUUAAGACACGAUUUGACUUGAAUGAUUUUGUUCUCACUUGUCUCGUUGACAUGUAUGCAAAGUGUAAGUGCAUAUCAGAAGCUGAAUAUCUUUUCAGGAUGUCCCCAAGGAGUAAAAAUCAUGUAAUGUGGACUGCUAUGGUUACUGGGUACUCCCAAAAUGGUGAAAGUUUAAAAGCAAUCAAGUGUUUUCGAGAAAUGCGAAUUGAAGGGGUAGAGUCGAACCAUUUUACAUUCCCUGGCAUUUUGACUGCAUGUGCUGCGGUUAAUGCAGGUUUGUUUGGGGCUCAGGUGCAUGGAUGCAUGAUCAGGAUUGGAUAUGGGGCAAAUGUGUUUGUUCAAAGUGCAUUGGUUGAUAUGUAUGCAAAAUGUGGAGAUUUAAAUAGUGCAAAGAGGGCGUUGGAGAACAUGGAGUCUGAUGAUGUAGUUUCUUUGAACUCCAUGAUAGUUGGAUGCGUGAGACAAGGAUACUUAAAGGAUGCUUUGAUCUUGUUUAAAGAAAUGCACGCAAGGGAUAUGAAGACUGAUCAUUUUACUUACCCUUCCAUUCUAAACUCCUUCGCUGUCUUGAAGGAAAUCGAACAAGCAAAGUCUGUCCACGGUUUGAUCAUCAAGACUGGAUUUGAGGCUUAUGUGCUUGUUGGUAAUUCUCUUAUUGACAUGUAUGCCAAACAAGGAAAUUUGGUUUCAGCUUAUCAAACAUUUAAUCUUAUUUUAGAUAAGGAUGUGAUAUCAUGGACGUCUCUAGUGUCGGGGUAUGCACACAAUGGCUAUUAUGAAAAAGCAUUUGAAUUGUUUCACGAGAUGAGAGUAGCAGGGGUUUAUCCAGACCAAUUUGUAAUUGCCAGUGUUUUAAGUGCCUGUGCAGAAUUAACAGUUUUGGAAUUUGGGCAACAAAUUCAUUCUAACUGUACUAAAUCCGGUCUUCGGCCAUCAUUAUCAGUAGAUAACUCCUUAGUAACAAUGUAUGCAAAGUGUGGGUGCAUAGAAGAAGCUAACAAAGUUUUUGACUCUAUGCGAGUAAGAAAUGUGAUCAGCUGGACAGCUCUAAUUGUAGGUUAUGCACAAAAUGGUAGGGGAAAGGACUCUUUAAAGUUCUACGAUCAGAUGAUUGCAACUGGCACAAAUCCGGACUUCAUUACUUUUAUCGGUUUGUUGUUUGCUUGUAGCCAUGCUGGUCUUCUGGAAAAUGGUAGAACAUAUUUUGAAUCAAUGGAUAAGGUUUAUGGAAUCAAACCAGGCCCUGAACAUUAUGCAUGUAUGAUUGACCUGUUGGGGCGAUCUGGAAAACUUAAAGAGGCUAAGCGAUUAGUGAAUCAAAUGACUGUGGAACCAGAUGCAACUGUUUGGAAGGCACUUCUUGCUGCAUGUAGAGUACAUGGCAAUGUCGAACUUGGAGAGAAAGCAGCAGAUAACCUUCUUAAAUUGGAACCAUUUAACUCUGUGGCUUAUGUUCUCUUAUCUAAUUUGUACUCUGCAGCCGGUAGAUGGGAUGACGCUGCAAAAAUCCGGAGAUUGAUGAAAUCAAUGGGGAUCAGUAAGGAACCUGGUUAUAGUUGGAUUGAGAUGAACAGCCAAGCGCAUAGGUUUAUGUCUGAAGAUAGAAGCCAUCCAAGAACAACUGAGAUAUAUUCAAAGCUUGAUGAGAUAAUGAUGUUGAUCAAAGAAGCUGGGUAUGUGCCAGACAUGAAUUUUGCGCUUCAUGACAUGGAUGAAGAGGGUAAGGAGCUUGGUUUAACUUAUCAUAGUGAAAAGUUGGCAAUUGCUUUUGGACUUCUUACGGUGCCACCAGGGGCACCAGUUCGGAUUUAUAAGAACCUUCGGGUUUGUGGAGAUUGCCAUACUGCAAUGAAAUAUAUAUCAAGCGUAGUUAUUCGACAUAUCAUAUUGAGAGAUCCAAAUUGUUUUCAUCAUUUCAAAGACGGGAAAUGUUCUUGUGGAGACUACUGGUAGAGCACUUGAAGGUCAUCCUUAGACCUUGUUCGAGGGGCAUAAAUUAGUUGAAUUUGGUGGUCUAGGGAUACUUUACUGCCCUUGCAACAUUAGCAUCAUUAUUAGGUUUGCUUAUUUCUUAAAUUGCAACAAGGCCUUUUAUGGUUUAACUUUUGCUGAUACACUAAAAAGUUAGCGAGUAAAUAUUGAAGUGCUCUAGCAUGGAAAACAAAAAGGCCUUGAGAACAAGCCUAGAGUUAUUGAAUGAAGACUUUAACCGGUAAGUGAUUCCUUCUGAACUACCAACUUAGAUCAACAAAAUACACACACAAUUUUAUAGUGGUGUGCCCUGUUAUCUAAUAUGGAUUCUAUGACAACCUUCUUUCUUCUCCCUUCAAUAUAGAUAGGACAUUGUAUGUUCAAAUCCUCCUGUUAUGUAUAGUUGAAAGAUAGACGUGUCAAAUAAUUUUUCAUGUGGCUUAAUUUUGUGGAAUUUUGUAAUUCACAGCUUGUUGUAACAUUGAAAAUCUUUACUUAUUAUAUGGUUAUUUUUACUUGGAUGAUAGAUUCCGGAAUUGGUAGAAUAGGUACAUGAGUAUAGAUGGGAACUGGUUUAGUGGAUGAACUGGUAUAAUUUUUUUACUUGGGUGGGAGUUUGCUGAGUAAUUUAUCUUUUUUUUUUUGGUUCUUUAUUCUAAGGAAAAUUCCAGAUCUUCCUACUUCUUUCCAUUGUCUUCUACUUUCACAUAUUCUAUGGCAUUGUUUUGAGGACCCUAGUCGUGGUUAUAAGAUUAGAGCAUUAUUUCAACUUCAAGAAUUGUUUAUAAACAUAUUUUAUUGGUUCUAUUUGAGACUUUGAGAAUCCAUUAACAUAUUAGAUACUAGUUUUUUUCUUAGCUUUGUGCAGGUUAAAUUGUUAAUCUUAAAAUUGACUUGGUGCUGUGAAUAUUAAAAAGUUGAAUUUUCUUGGGAGAUAGAGACAGAUCUUCUCAUCAGUAAGGGUUCAUUUGGUAAGUCAUAUUAGAUUGUAUUGUAUUAUAUUAUAUUAAAUUGGGUAUAGUAUUAUAUUAAAUUUUAAUUUAUACUAAAAUAUUAUAUAUUUAUAUGUCCAUACAAAUCAAUACCACAUAUAAUCUUAUAAAAAAAUAUUGUAUAAAAUAUAAUUUAAUAUAGGGUAAAUACUAUUUUGGACCCUGUAUUUUGCAAAAGUUACCAAUUGGACCCUGUGUUUUGUUAAAUGACAAAAUGGACCUUGUAUUUUUUAAAAUAGUACAAAUAGGACCCUGAAUUAAUUUUUAAAGUUUAAUUAUAAUUCGAUCUAAAAGUACUAUGACAAAACUGUUUGACAAAACUGUUUACAUUUUUUGUAUAUGUUCGUAUUAGGAAUUAUCUUCAAGUUGGUUGUAUUAAAAAAAAAGUUGUCUAAAAUUAAACUCAGGGUCCUAUUUUUACCAUUUUAAAAAAUAUAGGGUCCAUUUUGUCAUUUAACAAAAUACAGGGUCCACUCUGUAACUUUUACAAAACACAGGGUCCAAAAUGUUAUUUACCCCUUAAUAUAAUAUUAUACAAUAUAAUACGAUGUAGUAUGGUGUACCAAACGAACUUUUAAAGUAUACAGAUAAGAUUCUGUGAAUUCAACAAGUAUCCAUCGAGAAGGAGAAGCAACUAUUUGUUAAUUGGGUUUAUGAAGCUUAAUUCAAAGGGUUAAUUUCACAAAUGCACAAAAACGACAAAAAUACGGUUUCACAGAAUUUUAAACAUUUUUACGAUUUUUUUAAUUUUAUUUACAUAAAAUAUGGUCUUUUUAUGUUGAAAUUUUGUUCAUUUGUUGUUAAUUUUUUGUUAUAUGUAUGUUAUUUUUUGUUGUUUUUUGGUUGUUAUUUUCAUGUUACUUUUAUGUUGUUUUCUUGUUGAUUUUAUGUUGUUUUCGUGUUAUUUUUUGGAAAACCGUAAAAAUGUAAAAAAAUAUUCUUUGAACGUAAAAAUGUAAAUAUUUUACAAAAAAUGGUGUCUUAUGUAAUUAUUCCUAAUUCAAAUGAUGCUGCAGUUGUAAGAGAGCUUGGCUUCUUUUGGAUUUUAGUUUUCUAAAUUUUUUAACAUGGUUUUGGAUGCAAAAGUUCCAGUUAUCAACCUACUUUGCUCUCUUAUCAAGGGAAGAAAAAAACUACCCCUACUCUAUAGCUUGACGAGCUAGUUGUACAUGAGCAUAGCUACGAGGUACUAAGGUGUCUAACACUUUUAUGACAUAGUGUCUUAUAAUUGGUUAACAAUUUUUUAUAAUCUUUAUUAAGUAAGACUAGAUAUUGAAUUGCAUCAAUAGCGAUAUUACACCUCAUAAAAGUUAGACACCAAAAAUGCUUUUUAACAUUUCCCUAUACUAUACUAUGAUAUCAUUAAUGAAUAAGCAUAACAUCAACUAAGAAAUAUGAUAUAUUUUACUAUUAUAAAAGUAUCAUAAUGAAGUGAUAGCUACAGGAUAACCAGGAACGGAGAGCUUUCCCCCUUUUUUCCACCCGAUUCUUUGGUCUUAAGAAUGCUGGUUUUAAGAAUGAGUGAUUGCCCUUCUUCGACCCUUACAGCCCAACCUGAAAGAGGACAGCUAAAGCGUUCCACUUAUUGAACAGGGUUCUAUGGUUGGUCCGUGACCCCUGGAUGCCGAAGGCGUCCUUGGGGUGAUCUCGUAGUUCCUAUGGGGUGGAGAC